AUGACAGGCUCUUCCAUGUCUACGACCCCAACUCUUCUACCACCAACAGUGGAAUCCGCACUACAAUCCAUCCAUACAACAUCAUAUUUCUCCCCAGUUCCACCAUCCAUACUUGGAAACAAUGACGCAUCUCCCAUCAUAAUGGGUGUGGAUGAAGCAGGUCGUGGGCCAGUCUUGGGUCCCAUGGUUUACGGAGUCAGUUACUGCACGGAAGAAUAUCAAAAUGAAACUAUUAUACCAAAUUAUGAAUUCGAUGACUCCAAAAAAUUAACAGACCCAAUCCGUCGAAAAUUAUUCUCCAAAAUGUAUCGUCAUAACUCUCAUGAUCUCCAGAAAGAUGAGAUUGAACUGGACAGCAUAGGGUACGCUACUACCUCCAUUACACCGUUGGAUAUAUCAUCAGGAAUGUUGAAAUAUCCACCUGAAAAAGUAUAUAAUUUGAAUGAACAAGCUCACGAUGUUACUAUGGCUUUGAUACAAGGUGUGUUAAACUUGGGUGUCAAUUUGAGUCAUGUUUAUGUAGAUACUGUGGGUCCUUCACAAACUUAUCAGAAAAAAUUGCAAGAUAGGUUUCCCUCCGUGGAAUUCACCGUCACGAAAAAGGCAGAUUCUUUGUUUUGUGUGGUUAGUGUAGCUAGUGUCGUUGCUAAGGUUACUAGAGAUAUACUGGUGGAAUCUUUGAAAAGACCUGAAGUGGAUGAAAUUAUUGGAUCCGGAUAUCCUUCAGAUGCGAAGACUACUAAAUGGUUACGUGAAAAUCAAACUUUAUUGUUUGGGUGGCCAAAGGAAAUGGUUAGGUUUUCAUGGCAAACUUGUCAAACUCUAUUGAAGAAGAAUGAUGAAGCGAAUGGGUUACUUAUACAAUGGGAGGAAGAUUUUAUAAAUUCAAAAGAAAAAUAA